AUGGCAGCUGCUUCUUCUUCUACUUCUACUUGGAAUAACCCUAGGACCAGAUUCUUGUCUUCUUCCAAACAAGUCUUUGCUAAGUCCUCUUCCAAUUCAAUCUCUUUCUCUAACAAACCCAUUGCUCCUAUUUCACAGAAUCCCAUUCGUUCUGCACUUCAAACGCCGUCGAUUCUUCAGUUACCGAAACAGUCCAUCGGAAAAGCUUCCACCGGUGCUAUUCAAAUGCCUUCUUCUCCGGCGGUCCAACAAAAUUGGAACUUGUUACAGAAAGUUGCAGCAAUGGCAUUGGACGCCGUGGAAAAUGGGUUGAUAGCACGAGAAAAGCAACAUCCUUUGCCGAAAACGGCGGACCCAAAUGUUCAAAUCGCCGGAAACUUUUCUCCUGUACCGGAGCAACCGGUGCGUCACUGUUUACCGGUGGUCGGUAAAAUUCCGGAAAGUAUUCAAGGAGUUUACUUGAGAAAUGGAGCUAACCCAUUGUUUGAGCCUACCUCCGGCCACCAUUUGUUCGAUGGAGACGGCAUGAUUUACGCCGUCAAAUUCGAUAACGGUUCAGCUAGCUACGCUUGCCGGUUCACUGAGACGCAGAGGCUUGUUCAAGAACGUGCUCUUGGUAAACCGGUUUUUCCGAAAGCAAUCGGUGAACUCCAUGGCCAUUCCGGCAUAGCCAAGCUGCUACUCUUUUAUGCUCGUGGCUUAUGUGGCUUAGUUGACCAUAGUCAAGGCAUUGGUGUGGCUAACGCCGGCUUAGUUUACUUUAACAACCGGCUAUUAGCGAUGUCAGAAGAUGAUUUGCCUUAUCACGUGAGUGUCACACCUUCCGGCGACUUGAAAACAGCCGGACGUUACAAUUUUGACGACCAAUUGGACUCCACGAUGAUCGCACACCCAAAACUUGACCCAGUUUCCGGCGAGCUUUUUGCAUUGAGCUAUGACGUCAUCCAGAAGCCGUAUCUGAAAUAUUUCUGGUUUUCACCUGACGGCAAGAAAUCAAACGACGUGGCGAUUGAUUUGGGAAAGCCGACUAUGGUUCAUGAUUUCGCGAUCACGGAGAAUUUCGUGGUGGUGCCAGACCACCAGGUGGUUUUCAAGAUGUCGGAAAUGAUCACCGGUGGGUCGCCGGUGGUGUAUGACAAAGAGAAAGUGUCACGUUUCGGUGUGCUCGAUAAAUACGCAGCUGACGGGUCGGGUAUCAAAUGGGUCGAAGUACCAGAUUGUUUCUGCUUUCAUCUCUGGAACGCCUGGGAAGAACCCGAAUCCGACGAGGUCGUCGUGAUAGGAUCCUGCAUGACUCCGGCGGACUCCAUUUUCAACGAAUGURAYGAAGAAYUMAAAAGCGUYUUAUCRGAAAUCCGWYUKAAUYUMAMGACCGGARAAUCCASUCGYCGRSMSAUAAUCUCACCKGAAAAYGAYGUMAAUUURGAAGCAGGRAUGGUGAACAARAACCUCCUCGGCCGGAAAUCCAAAUACGCCUACCUCGCCAUCGCCGAGCCGUGGCCAAAGGUUUCCGGUUUCGCCAAAGUCGAUCUUGCCACCGGCGACACCAAUAAAUUCUUUUACGGCGACGAAAAAUACGGCGGCGAGCCUCUCUUUCUUCCGAGCAACCCCAACUCCGACGCCGAAGACGACGGCCACAUCUUGGCCUUCGUUCACGACGAGAAAACAUGGGAAUCGGAGCUUCAAAUCGUGAAUGCAAUGACGAUGGAAUUAGAAGCGACGGUGAAGCUGCCUUCGAGGGUUCCAUACGGGUUUCACGGAACCUUCAUAACCGCCAAAGAUUUGGCAACGCAAGCAUAAAAAGUAGGAGUUUAACGGCGAGAUUUCACCAGAGGGAUGGUUGCAGAUACGUCCCCGGAAAGUCUCUUAAACCCUUGUGAUUAUCAGGGGGUUGUUUGUAAUUUUCUUAAUUCUUUUGGGGCUUUUUUGGAAUUAAAUACUUUUGAAGGGACCAGUUUGUAGCUUCUGUGUGUAGGUUAGAAAACGAAGCUCAGCAGGCUCUCUUUUGGUAGUUAAAACUUGGGUACAAUUUAGUAAGCCAGGAGUGCAAGUGUUUAUUGCACCCAAUCUAUGUUCCAUUGUAUAUAUGAUGGUAUAUAGUAUGUGAAAUUUAAACGUUACUCUCCUCUACU